AUGGCACCUGACGUCCAGACCGAUAGCUCCGAUGCACGCCAAAUUCUACCCAAGAAGAAGCCACAGUGGUCCUCAGAAGAAGAUGUCCACAUCAUCGAGCUUCGGGGGGGCGGAAUGACGUGGGAAGAUAUCAGCGAGAAACUUCCCGGGCGAAGUGCAAUGAGCUGUCGCCUGCACUACCAGAAUUACCUCGAGAGGCGGGGUGAGUGGAGAGAGGAUCUCAAGACCAAGCUAACAUUGUUAUAUGAAAGAUUCAAGUCGGAAAUGUGGGCGAAAAUUGCAGAGGAGAUGGCCAUGCCCUGGAGGGCCGCUGAGGCUAUGCAUUGGCAGCUCGGAGAACAAGAAAUGGCGAGACGAGCUGGAACAGUUCCGUUCUCAUUCUCGCAGCCCACAUCAGAACCUCUCCAAGCAUCACGCACAGUUUCCCCAUACCACUGGGGGUUCGAUACCGCAGCGCUCGAUCCUAUUGGCAGAUGCCACAGAAACCACUGUAGUGAGAGUAGAAAAAGAGGCUACAUAGGACCCUGGGGGAGGACGGGCAGCUUUAUGGAAGAUCCAGGUGGACUCGGGGAAGAGAAGCACGAGAACCGUGGGAAAGCGGCAACGACGUCAUUGAAGCAUGGGAGAUGA